GCCACCUACUGCCGGUAGGCUUGACAUGGCCUUCUUUUCUCGUCAGGCUGCUACUGCUGCUUGUCAUUGACUAAAAAACCUUGGAUUAGCACCUGCCUCUCGGGCGACCAGAUGGCUUGGUUGGUCCAGAGACUGCGGCAGGCUGCAACAAGGCAUCAAACAACACCUCGCUCGAGGCCCUGGUUCGCGCAUUUGACCUUCAUCAUUCCAUCAUUCACUGCUCAGCCAUCCAGGUUUCUGCCUGUCCCCUCCUUUUGGCCUGAUUUUUCUUUUACGCUUGGUAUCUUUCUUGGCUGACUUCAGAAAAGGCAGAAGUGAGCCCCUCGCGCCUGUGACUCGACCUCUACCGCUGCCGCUGCCUCAGCCUCAAUUCUGCCUGAGACGCCCACCCUUUUCUCUCUUGCACCUUUGAGAAUCACUUUCCCUCUCCAUACUUUCCUUCUCCGCCUUAUGAAUUGAGGUGCCGGCGGCUCAUCUCUUCCUGGGGAACACAUCUCUUUGUCAUUGACCUACCUUGCAGUAUAUCCUACACACCAUUAGACCGUGACCCUCCUUCUCUCCCCACCUUUACCUCCCGGGCAAGAUGGACCAAAACACUGGUGUCACGGCAGAAACGAAGAAGGUGGAGUCUUCGGCCGAACGCCCUACCACCAACAAGAUUCCUGCUCCCGAGGCUGCCAAAGACCAGAAGAAAUGCAAGAAGCACGUUGGACCGUCCAGCAAGGCAAAGCCGAAGCAUGGCACCAAGAAGAAAGAGAUCGUUGAUAGUGACAGCGAGUCUACAGAGUCAGAAUCCUCCUCGGAAGCCUCAACCGAUAGUGACGACUCGAGCGACUCGGGGAGUGACUCUUCCUCUUCUGUCGAAGUCUCCAAGAAGAAAACCAAAGUCAAGAAGCUGAAGGCGCAGGCCAAAGCACUGGCGAAAGAACUCAAGAAGCAGAAGAAGAGAUCCAAAAAGAGGGUAACAACUGAGGAGGACGACUCAUACAGCGAGGAUGAGUUUGAAGAGGAGGUCAUUAGGCCUCGCUCGAGAGUCCGAGUCAAGCCGGCCAAGAGAAUGUCUAGGAAACAUGACAGCCCUGGUCGAGACGAAUGUGAUGUUAUCGAGAUCCGUGAAGAUCCCAAAUCUGCAAGACUACGCCACCUGAAAUCCUCACUACGAAAGCUGGACUUUGACAACAAUCCCCUCGCUCCUCCAUCUGCUGUCUUCGGCAUGCCUAGAGCUCAGCUCAAUCCCGAGCCCGUGAUCCCCAUCAGCAAUUAUGACAAACCUCGAAGAAGUCGGCGUAGGGAUGCUGUCCUCGAUGACGAAAUCCUCCUUGACGACCUUGAAGAAGUCAAGCCGAAGAAACAAAAGAAGCCAAAACGCGCCUCCAAAGUGGCCUACAAACGAGUGGACCAACUAUGGGACCAGUCAAUCCACAACUUCAAGCUCACUGAAACUGUCAAAAAUACAGGAGAGGCCAUCUGGGACCAGUAUAUCUUUACUGUUCGUCGUCGGUUCGACUGGGAGCACAAAUAUCUGGCAACGGUCGUCGACAUCAAAUCCGAACCUCUCAAAGAAUGCCUGCAACAUGUCAUGGCAGGCGUCAAGGGUAUCAGCCUAGUCGAAGACACACCGCAUCUGGACCCCAAUAUGCUCUUCUUGUAUCUGGAAGAGAUGAGGGACUAUAUCAAGACGCUCGAGGACGACGCCGCGGGAAAGAAGCGCAAGGAGGCAAAAGCCUCUAAGACCAAAGCCAAACACCUCCGAGUGAUGGUCAAAUACCUGGACAAAGACUUUGCCGAGACGAAAAAGAAUCUAUACCCGAUGGUGGAAAAUGGCAUGAUCACCUUUGACCUCCUCUGGGCCCUGUACAAACCGAACGCCAUUGUGUAUUCUUCCACUUAUGGAGAUCAGGAUGAACCUCGGGCGUUCAAGAUCGAUUUCACUACCAAAGAAUCGCACUUCAUGAGGGGCAGUUGGUACAUUGUCGAAGGCAGAUACCUAGAGUACGACGGCAAGAACUUUGGAAUGGGCACCACCCACGCGGAAAUCUCGUCUUUCCAAGGUGUGCGCAAGAUCACCUCGUUAGACUGUUAUCCCCUUCAGUAUCACAAACAUGCCGACAAGAUGAGAUCUCAGCUGAUUGAGCGAGGAAAGCAUUUUGUGUCUCUCCAAGGCAUGAAUUACCGCCACCACAAGGGCAUGGCGUACACCAAACGCAAGAAGCAGGUUUUGAAGAUCAACAUUGACGGGCGUGUCAUGGUCGAUCCCGCCAUUCAUCGCAGAAUCAAUCCCAACUACCCUGCCAGUGUCAUCAAGCCAAAGGACGAUCCUGACGGAGCCAUCCUCGACGACACAGAUGACAGCUGCGGCUGCGGCUUUGAUAGCGGCUCCGACGUGGGGGGCAACAACCAGACCACUCCUUCUGACGAAACCAUUCAGGUGCCGGAGACGAAAAAAUACAAAGUGGUGAAGACACCAAAUGGCCAAAAUGUCAUUGUCGAAGUCAACUCGAAGGAGGACCUUGACUGGAGUCAAAACACUGAACCACUUGGAGACGACAAGCUGUCGACCCAUGAAUUCACCGAGGAAGAAUUGCUCAUUGCCAGCCCUGUGGUCUUGGGCUUCGCCUUCGGCGAAAAGCUUUGGCUCGAAUUCACAGUUUCCGGCAUCUCCGACGUCGUCUUCAACGACAAAGCAUUUGAAAGCCUCGUGCUCCCCGACAACCACAAGUCCAUCGUCAAGGCCCUUGUCUCGAGUCAUACCUUUCAAGCCCACAAAAGCAUUGACGACAUCAUCUCUGGCAAAGGUCGUGGCCUGGUGGCUGUUCUCCAUGGUCCUCCCGGAACAGGCAAGACGCUUACGGCUGAAGGGAUCGCAGAUCUUCUCAAAUGUCCGUUGUACAUGGUCAGCGCCGGCGAUCUGGGCACCGAACCGACCAAACUCGAAAAGGAACUUCAGAACAUUCUGGACAUCGCCCACAGCUGGGGUGCAAUCUUGUUGCUGGACGAAGCCGAUGUUUUCUUGGAACAACGUUCAAUCCACGAUAUCCAUCGUAAUGCCCUGGUCAGCAUCUUCCUUCGCCUUCUCGAAUACUUCCAAGGCAUCCUGUUCUUGACCACCAAUAGAGUGGAGACGUUUGACGCCGCCUUUGUGUCACGUAUCCACCUGUCGCUGCGCUUCCAGAACCUCACGACCAAGGCCAAACGCACCGUGUGGAAGCUCUUCAUCGACCGUGUUAAGAACCAGGAAGGGAUGCAAGUUGCGGCCAUCACGGAGCAAGAUUACAACGACCUCGCGCGGCGCGACGUCAAUGGGCGACAGAUCAAGAACCUUGUGCGUGCUGCACAAGCUCUAGCUGUCCAUGAAGAAGUGCCUUUGAGUAUGGUGCAUAUCAAACGCGUGAUUGACGUGGCUGAGAGCUUUGAGAUGGACCUGAAGGGUGGUACUGGAUACACGGACGCCAUGAGAAGUUAUACUUGAUCGGCUCAUCAUGUUACCUUUUUUGAAAGCGACAUAUGACAGUCAAGACGCUGGAGUUGUCAAGAGGGUUUCAAUCGGUGGCAUCGGGUUUCUUCUCGUCAAGACUCGCCGUCAAGAGCACCAAUGUGAAAUGCUCAUGUUGGUUAUUGGUCGACAUCCUAACCGAACCCAGUCUCAUUUCUUCUGCGCGUCUUACGGUCGUUGGACGGAAUGGGGAGACGGGAUCGAUAUGGUUUUGGUUUUUAAUGAUUGGUUUCAUGCAUGUAUUUGACGACCGCAGCCACUCGUUUCGAUUCGCGGACGUGGUGGUGGGCUACGAGACAUGAAGGGAGGCUCUCUCAAACGAGGCACAUGGUGGAAUGAUGAAUGAGUCAUGAGGCGAGGCGUUCAUGGGUCCUGUUCCAGCAAGCGGUUUUACACUUCAUCCUACGCUGUUGACUGCAUAAUAGGCUCAGUGGCACGGCCCUGUUGAGCAUGCAUAAUCAGAUGGGUAUUGGUUAACUUUGUCCAAACCGCUCUGUCUUUUCAUAUGCCGCCCACUUCUGUAAGCG